AACUUCACAUACCAAACCAUCACCAAACCCACCCACGAACUUGCAACAACGACGAAGCCAAUCCUCCUUUCCGACCACCUUUUCAUCAUUUCGAUCUCCAAACCACACAAACUCCAGCCAUCAUGGAUCACAGACCGCAAGCUUGGGGCCGUCCUAGAGACGACGUCUACGGAGCCUACGAUGGCUCGUACAUGAACACGAAUGGUCCCAACCAAGCGACACAGGCCCCCAUCGUCACGGGUACAUCAGUCAUUGCCAUCAAGUUCAGCGAAGGUGUCGUCAUCGCCGCCGACAAUCUGGCAUCCUACGGCUCCCUUGCCCGUUUCACCGACGUCAAGCGUCUCCGCACUUUCGCCAACUCCACAGUCGUGGGCUUCGGCGGCGACGUCUCCGACAUGCAAUACCUCGACCGCCAUCUCUCAAGCCUCGACAUUGAGGAGUCCUACGACCUGGCCAACGACGCCCCCGCCCGGCUCAACGCCGCGAACCUUCACAAGUACCUCUCCAAGCUCCUCUACAAGCGCCGCUCCGACUUCGACCCCCUCUGGAACCACCUUCUCGUCGCCGGCCUCGACGACAACAACAAGCCCUUCCUCGCCGCCGCCGACCUGCUCGGCACCACCUUCACCUCUCCCUCCCUGGCAACGGGUUUCGGCUCAGCCCUCGCCCAACCCAUCAUGCGUCGCUACGCCCCCGACGAGGAGACCGCCGCUAAGCUCUCCAAGGAGCAGGCCGUCGACGUGAUUAAGGAGUGUAUGAAGGUCCUCUUCUACCGUGACGCUCGCAGCUCGGAUUCCUACUCGAUCGCUGUAGUAACCAAGGAUGGAGUCGACUUGAAGGAGAGUGAGAAGCUUGAGAAGCAGAGCUGGAAGUUUGCGGAACGGAUCCGCGGCUACGGCACGCAGGUGAACUAAGGGGAAGGCACGAACACAAGAAUCUUUGGGAAAUAGAGAGACAGGCAGUGAGAGAAUGGGUGGAAAUGAAAUGACAAUGACUGGGUAUUCGGCAUAACCUCUGGCAGUCCCGUGGGUGGGAAUACUCAUGAGACGCAAGUAGUAGAAGAGAAGCACGAGCCCUGCAACCCAGGGCUUAUCGACAUCACGAUG